GUUGCGUCACAAUAAAAGGAGAGAAAGUGUAUCUCAUAAGUCUACUCGAAUUCUUAUGCCUUUCGUGUGAAUGUCAUCAAAUCCAUUCGCUUUUUUUGCACCUCCCUCUCGUUCUCUGUUUCGGUACACAGUGCCAUGCAACGGUAGCACAGACCAGUCCGUUAAUCUGUCGAUUUUUCUUCUGUUUCAAACUGUCGGGUGAUCAGGGUUUGAGAGACAGCGAGAGAUGAAGGGCGAAGAUCAAGCUAGAUCUCUGUUUGGGAUUUCUCUAACUGAUCGACCCAGAUGGCAACAAUUCCUAAUAUGCUCUUCUGGGUUCUUUUUUGGCUAUCUCGUGAAUGGCGUUUGCGAGGAGUAUGUGUAUAAUCGGCUUCAAUUCAGCUAUGGAUGGUAUUUUACAUUUGUGCAAGGCUUUGUGUAUUUGGUACUCAUAUACUUACAGGGUUUCACCAUGAAGCAAAUGGUGAAUCCAUGGAAAACAUACGUGAAGCUUUCUGCUGUUCUUAUGGGUUCUCAUGGGUUAACAAAGGGAUCAUUAGCAUUUCUCAACUAUCCAGCUCAGAUUAUGUUCAAAUCCACAAAGGUACUACCUGUCAUGGUAAUGGGUGCCUUCAUCCCUGGCUUGAGAAGAAAAUACCCUGCACAUGAAUAUCUGUCGGCCCUGCUUCUAGUUGUCGGGUUGAUUCUUUUCACCCUGGCAGAUGCCAAUACUUCUCCGAAUUUCAGCGUCAUUGGUGUUGUGAUGAUUAUGGGUGCUUUAGUCAUGGAUUCCUUUCUGGGCAAUUUGCAGGAAGCAAUUUUCACCAUGAAUCCUGAAACAACACAGAUGGAGAUGCUGUUCUGCUCCACAGUGGUUGGCUUGCCUUUUCUAAUUCCACCCAUGGUACUAACAGGGGAAUUGUUCAAGGCUUGGAAUUCUUGUUCACAGCAUCCUUAUGUGUACGGUGUGUUGGUAUUUGAAGCCAUGGCUACUUUCGUUGGUCAAGUUUCUGUUUUAUCGCUUAUAGCUAUUUUUGGGGCUGCCACCACUGCCAUGAUCACAACUGCAAGGAAGGCUGUUACUUUGCUGUUGUCCUACUUGAUAUUUACAAAGCCACUAACCGAACAGCAUGGGUCUGGGCUACUGCUCAUUGCAAUGGGAAUCAUCAUGAAGAUGCUGCCUGACGACAAAGCCUCCAAUCGGAUUCCAUUAUCAAAUGCCGCCUCCAAUCGAAGGAACGCAAAAUCUUACCUCAAAGAAGAAAAGAAACCAACAGAAAAUAAAGAAGAUGAAGAAUAUGAGGAAAUAAGCCCAUUAGUAAAAUCAAGCAGGCUACAAGUUCCUAAUUAGUUCUUUUUUUUUCCUUCUUUUCUUUUUCGCCUGUACCUUUUGCAGAGUGAUGCAAAGCAAAAGAGCAGAAAUAGCUAGUGGUUUUUUUUUUUUUUUUUUAAUU